GCCGUUGGAAGUGGGAGGAGCCACGGCCUCGACGACGACGGGACGAGCGCGGCGCGGCGAGAGGCUGCUCAACAACGACCCUGCGAGGUUUUUCUUCCGAGAUGGAAACUUGGUUCAUAAGAAAUAGCGGUUCUUCGACUUCCUUCUAGUUGGUGCAUCUAAUGGAUUCUCCUAGCAGACAAUGGAGCACCUCUCAAGCAAUGGGCCCCAAAUCCUGCAGCCAAAAGAGGACAGCUGCUCCCCAAGGAAAGAGGCAGGCAGUAGUGGGGAUCAUCUCUCCGAGGACCCACCAGAAAUCAAGGUCCCCUUUUCCAGUGACCCUCUCAGACUGCAGUUAGAAGGACCCCAAGGCCCAGCUGGGCUUAAGUCAUUCACUCCAAAGCCUCCCCGUAAACCGAGGCUGGAGCGGACGUUGUCUCUGGAUGAACUGAUCUGGCACCGGCGGAGGAGGCCUUUCAGAAUGAAUCAAGGGAAUUCGGUUGAUUCAACUGAGGGGGGCUCCUCCGAUGGGUCUUUCCAGGGAGAGAGCCCCACCAAGCAGGAAGUGGCCUCCAGCGGCGACCAUCGCCAUCUGCGGCCUCGGCACAACUUGAACCCGGGUUCCGAGGGUUCCGACCUCAGCCAAAGCAGACCCAGCCUUUCAGCUUCGCCCCGGAAGUUGUCCAAGGUCUUGGCCUCCCAGCCUCCACCUCCUCUGGAACUUGAAGGCUCCUUUCCUUCUCUGAGGACAACUAAUCGGAUUGACCCAGAUUGCGCAGAGUACAAGUUUGGCUCCCGGAGGGGGCUUCCAAGAGCAGGCAGCAGCUGGAGCGACACGCAGCUUCAGAGCCGUGGGAUGGCUUGCGAACACUGCUUGGCAGCCUCCACCAAAUCUACCUUCAGCCUGCUGGCCCCCAUCCGUGUCACAGAUGUGCGAAACAGAAGCUACUUGGAAGGCAGCCUUCUUGCUAGUGGUGCCCUCCUGGGAGCAGAAGAGCUGAACCGGUAUUUUCCUGAUCGCAACAUUGGCAUCUUUGUAGCCACCUGGAACAUGCAGGGCCAGAAGGAACUCCCUGAAGUGCUGGAUGACCUCCUGUUGCCGUCUGAGCCUGAUUAUGCCCAGGACAUGUAUGUGAUAGGGAUCCAAGAAGGCUGUCCAGAUAGGCGAGAGUGGGAGAUUCGCCUGCAGGCAACGCUGGGCCCUCAGUACGUCAUGUCUUACGCAGCUGCUCACGGGGUCCUUUACCUGUCCUUCUUCCUGCGAAGGGAUCUCAUCUGGUUUUGCUCAGAGGUGGAAUGUGCCACGGUGACAACGCGCAUCGUGUCUCAGUUCAAAACCAAGGGUGCGCUGGGAAUUUGCUUCACGUUCUUCGGCACGUCCUUCCUUUUCAUCACUUCCCACUUUACCUCUGGAGAUGGGAAAGUCACUGAGCGGGUCCUGGAUUACCACAAAACCAUCCAGGCUCUUUCGCUGCCCAGAAACAUUCCCGAUACCAACCCCUAUCGAUCCAGUUCCUCAGACGUCACGAGCCGCUUCGACCACGUCUUCUGGUUCGGAGACUUCAACUUCCGCCUGAAUGAGGAGCGGGAGGUGGUAGAACAGAUGCUCAACCGUGGCCAGGCCCUGGACGUGUCGGUGCUGCUGCAGCAUGACCAGCUGUUGAAGGAAAUGCAGACUGGUUCUGUAUUUAAGGGGUUCCAAGAGGCCCCCAUCUUUUUCCGUCCUUCCUACAAGUUUGAUGUUGGACAGGACACCUAUGACACAACCUCCAAGCAGAGGACGCCUUCAUAUACGGACCGGGUCAUCUAUCGAAGCCGCCACCGGAAUGAAAUCCAUGCUGUGAAGUACUCGGCCUGCUUUGGGAUCAGAACAUCCGAUCACCGCCCUGUCUACGGGUUGUUCCGUGUCAAAGUGAGACCCGGGAGGGACAACAUCCCACUGGCUGCAGGCCUAUUUGAUCGAGAACUUUAUUUGAUUGGCAUAAAGAGGCGAAUCACAAGGCAACUUCAGAAAAAAAAAGCCCUGAAAAACCAGAAAUCCAGCGCUGUCUGUUCCGUUUCCUGACCAAACGCACCCAAGAACUUCUGAGGCGAGUGAAAGGGCUUGUGGACCAGGCCUUCUCUGAACCUGGCUGGAAGGGAUUCAACAGGGUCCCAAAAGCGAAGGGCUCUUUUGAGGCUGGGCAGUCAAGGGGUUGGAUCAAGAUUUACCAAGCGUGUAGCGUCUUCCUGCUCCUGUAUCCUGUUGCUUGAGGAGGGUCCUGGAAUAAUCCUUCAGGGUGUUGGCAUUUACACCAGCCAUAAACAUUUCUUAGGUUUGGAAGGCACUUGUGAGGAUCAUUUUGGGAACAAAGGAACACAUUCUCUAAGCCUUGUAUUGUUCAGCUGCAGCUCGGAAGUGAAUUACGCACUGCCUGAUUGGUCCCCUAAACCCACAUUUUUCCUAAGAAUCCUAGAAAGGGCCUUGAAAUGCCAGAGGGGCACAGGAAGACUCAGAAAGCACCAGCAUGGGAGUUUAUAGAGUGGGUUUCUUACCUUCAAUCAAGACAAGCCAGCUUCCACCAGCUACUUUUUUAAAAAAAUCCAUUAACUAAGAAAAAGUGGAAACCAGUUUCACUCAAGUGUAGGGCCUUGAGUGGCUGCAAAAAUCAGUAUUUUCAAUGGCAAAGGCCAAUUUUUAGUUGAUGCCAAUGGUUGAUAAGUAGUUAGAAAUGUUUUCCCCUCCAUCAUUUUCCUGGAUUGGGUUUGGGUUCAGAAUUUCUUGAAAUAAAAGGAUGAUCCAGAACUUUUAAAAUGUG